AUGCCGUAUGGACUUGUCAACGCCCCCUCCGUAUUCCAGGACUUCAUGCAAGAGGUGCUCUGGGAGUUCCUGCACAAAUCAGUCCUGGUCUACAUAGACGAUAGUUUGAUUUACUCCCGGAGCAUGGCCGACCAUCGCCACCACGUUGCGGAGGUCCUCCAACGCCUGAGGGACUUUCAACUCUACCUCAAAGCCGAGAAAUGCAGUUUCCAUCAGCCCUCAGUGCAGUUCUUAGGAUAUAACAUCAACCACAGUGGCGUCCGCAUGGACGAGAGGAAGGUAACUGCUGUCCAAGACUGGCCCGUUCCCACAUCCGUGAAAGAGUUACAAAGGUUCCUAGGUUUUGCAAAUUUCUACCGCAGAUUCAUCCAAGGUUACAGCUCUAUCACCAGCCCACUCACAAGCCUUCUCAGAAACAAGCCCAAGUCUCUGUCCUGGACUCCAGCCACCACACAAGCCUUUAACACCCCGAAAACAGCGUUUACAACCGUUCCCUUCCUGGCCCACCCAGAUCCAGAUCUCCCUUUCGUUGUCGAAGUCGAUGCCUAA